GAGUAUUCCUUCAAGGAAGAGGCAUGUGGUUCCACUGCUGCUAGCUCCUACUUAAAUUUGUGUGGACAUCAAAGCAAAAGAGAUACUAGAAAAUCGAUAGAACAGAUAACUAGAGAUAAAUAUAGUGCAAUGAUAGUCCAUUGUCCUAAUACCAGCGCCUUUGACUUUGUCAUCGUUGAUAAAUGCAACAAAAUUCAUGCCACUCAGGUAACCGUUCAAACCGCUGCGAAGAAAUGUAACGACAGUGACUUUUUCAAGACUGAAAAUAUUCACUUUACGUAUUUACUAGCGCCUUGUGAGGUCGACUUCGACGCUAUUAAAUUGAAAUAA